AUGUCAGACAAAAGAGCAAUUUCAGAGUCAGACAUUUCUACGUCUUCUCAAGGAGAAACCAAAAAACCAAAAGUCUUACAAUCCGGUUUAAGAGAACCAGAUGUUGGAAUUACUCAAUUCAUUAACCCCAACGCCGUUGGAUUCACAGGAUAUAUCAAGACCUUAUAUUCAGAUUUCCAAGUCAAUGAAAUCGAUACAUCCGGAAAAGUCAUCCAUUUAGAAGAUAAAGGAAUUGAUGUCGGGAAAAGUCUGAAAGAAAAACGUCUUGAAGAACGUGAAAAACAAAGAGCUGAAUUAGAAGGAAAAACCCAAGAAGAAAUUCAAGCAAUUUUAGCAGAGCGUAAAGCCGCAAAAGAAGCAAGAGAAGCUAAAGAGAACGAACUUCCAAAAUAUGAAUUAUCAGAAGAGCACCGUACUGAAAUAUUGAAAUAUUUCACUCCAGAAGAAUUGGCCCAAAUUGAAGAAUUAUUCAAAACUGGAAACAACAUGGAAACUAAAUCAUCCUUUGAUGAUAAGGACACCAGAACUACAAUUCAUAAAUUAAUCAGAGCCGCAUUUCAAGGAAAAUUAGAAACAAUCACUUCUCCUGAAAAUACAUUCAAAAUCGCCAUGUCUAAAAAAUCAUCCAGAAAACCUCGUCCUGAUGAAAGUAUGCAUCAUGUUGAUGAAAAUGGAGUUAUAAAUUAUGGUGCUGGGAAAUUUAAACCAUAUUUACAUUUUACCGUAUUUAAGGCAAAUAGAGAUACUAUGGAUAUUGCCAACAACAUUACAAGAUUAUUACGAAUCCCUAAAAAUCAAAUCAAAUAUGCUGGUACCAAAGAUAGACGUGGUGUCACUUGUCAACGAUUAAGUGUGGAAAAGGGAAAAGUCCUUAGAAUAAAUUCCUUGAAUAAAGCACUUGCUCCAAAUAUAAUUCUCGGUGGGUUCAAAUAUGAAGAUUAUUCAUUAGGAUUGGGAGAAUUAAAGGGGAAUGAAUUCAUAAUUACAAUCAGAGAUGUUAGUUCAGAAUGUGGAAAUGUUGAAAAAGUGGUUGAAGAAGGAUUUGAAUCCUUGAAAGAACAUGGAUUCAUUAAUUAUUUCGGUAUGCAAAGAUUUGGUUCAUUUGCUGUCCCAACUCAUAUACUUGGAAUUCAAUUAAUCAACGAAAAUUGGAAAUCAUUUGUCGAUAUGUUAAUAGGACAACAACUCAGCGUCGAUAACCCUUCAUUUGAAGCUAGAAAGAUUUGGACUGAGACUAGAGAUGCAGCAGCUGCUGUAAAAACAUUACCCCACUAUUUUGUAGCUGAAAGCUGUAUCCUUAAAUCUUUAAGCAAAGACAAUAAGAAUAAAGAAGGUGAAUAUGCCGAUAGUUCAUAUUUUCAAAGUAUUAUGGCCAUCCCAAGAAACCUUAAGAGAAUCUAUGUUCACGCAUAUCAAUCAUACGUUUGGAAUACAGUUGCCCUGAAACGUAUUGAAAUGUUUGGAUUAGAAUUACAAGAAGGUGAUUUAGUCAUCGAUGAUGACAAAUUACAACCAGAUGCCGAUUUAGAAGAAGAAGAUAUCGCCAACAGGGAUGACAUUAAGGUAAAACCACUCACCAAGGAAGAUAUCGAUUCCGGAAAAUAUACUAUCUUUGAUAUCAUCCUCCCAACUCCAGGUUUCAAAAUCACCUAUCCAACCAAUGAAUCACUCAUGCAAGUCUAUAUCGACGUUAUGGCAAAGGAUAAUCUUAAUCCAUUUAAGCUCGCAAGAAAGAAUCAAGAAUUCUCACUUCCAGGUUCAUAUCGUAAAGUUAUGUCAAAACCAACUAAUCUUUCCUAUGAGAUUGUCCAUUAUUCUAAUGAUAAAGCACCUAUUGUCAGAACUGAUUUGGAAAUGCUUGAUUUGAAGAAGGGUGAAGGGGAAGAAGAACCAAGUAGAAUCAUACAGAGCGAGGGUGAUAAGAAGGCUGUAGUUGUUAAGAUGGCGUUGGGUGUUAGUUCAUAUGCUACGAUGGCUCUUAGGGAGUUGAUGAGAAUGGAUACCACUAGAUUUGGUGAAACUAUGAAAUAA